UGUGGCUGCCGCCAUUUUGGCCGGCUCGGCGCGGGCGGUGGGAGGAGGAAGGUUGUCUGUGGUCGCUGCCGCCAUUUUGUCGCGGCCGUUUGAGUGCGGCGGGAGCGGGCGGAGGGCGCCGCAGCCAGCCCCGCGCUACCCGCCAGCCAGCCCCACCGGAGACCUGGCGACUGUCUGCUUCGGUUCUCUUGAUCUGAAGAUGGCUGCACAGUCAGCACCGAAGGUUGUGCUAAAGAGCACCACCAAGAUGUCUCUGAACGAGCGCUUUACUAACAUGCUGAAGAACAAACAGCCGAUGCCAGUGAAUAUUCGGGCUACCAUGCAGCAGCAGCAGCAGCUAGCCAGUGCCAGAAACAGAAGACUGGCCCAGCAGAUGGAGAAUAGACCUUCUGUCCAGGCUGCUUUGAAGCUUAAACAGAGAAAUGUUCUCAUUCUGGGUUUCUGGAUCUGCCGAGUGCUUCAUCUCUCAAUCUAGCUGCAGUUACAAUUGCUGCAGGUUGUUUCCACUACUCACUAUUCAGUUGAGGCUGGUUGCUCCCAUCCCCAACUCCACCCUCUCUUGGUGCACUCCACUGAUAGCAGCUGGCGGCAAGGAACAGAUGAACAAACUUAAUUUCUUGAUUGCUUAUGAAUGCAAGAAUGCAGGCCUGGUUUUAAGACGUAGUGUUGGAUUCUCCGUAUAUAAGGAGCCUUUAUCAUUCUGCGUUUCGGUGAUAAAUACUGCAUUUUAAGGUGUGUUCCUCAAACUGCUUUGUGGCAUAGAGCAGAAGACCUAAGCAGACAUGCUGAAUUUUGAUCUCUGCUGCAGUCAGCGUGCUUCUCCGCCUCCGGUCUUACCGAAGGGGUGGCAGACAAAAUCUGGCUCCGACAGAAACCUCAGUGAUCCACAGAAGAGCACUGUUUGUUUAGGGCCUGCUCGUUGUCAGACUGUAGGGGGUUUUGUGCGUUUUAAAUGCUAUUUUUAAAUGGGAAGGCUUCAGUGAGAUUAGCUUAAAAUGCGUGUGUAGGGCAUAAAUUGAAACCUGUGGGGUAGUGCCUCGCAGCUGUGCAGUGAGUUCAAAUAGUGGCGCGGUGUGACUUGACUACAGAAUUAGUUAAAUACAAUUCUGUACAUUAUAUCGCAUGUGGAGAGAAAGCCUUGGAAAUUUCUUAGCUGAGCUGCUGCUCCAGAUAGCUGGAAUACUUAAGACCUGCCACACAUGCUCAUAUCCAGGGCUCGCUCUGAUAAAGAGGAAUGCAGCUGCUGUUUUAAGAUCUCUCGAGACUUCUGUUGUAAAACCAGACCGUGGUGCCAGUUAGCCUAGCAGAGCUCGUAAACAAAAGGUUUGGAAAUGGUAGUCUGAAUUAUUUUCUGCUUAAAAUAAAAACAGCUUGAAAAGUUCAGAUUUUCACAACUGGAAAGUGGAACAGAACUGAAAGCCCAAAGUUUCUGCUUGCUGAAUUGAGGUGCCGCAGAGGAACAGGGAAGAGCUAGCCUUUGGCUUAGCUCUUAAACCCAUUUGAUUUUUAUGUUGGGCGUAGGUGUACUUUCACGGUCUUCUGGAACUAAAAGGGAAGGCCGUGGAAGGGUGCUGCAGGGAAAUUUGGAAACCUUGUUUACGUUGCGUUGCUCUUCCCAGAUGGCGGGUUGCUCUGGCAGUUGAGGUAGUGUUUGGAUUUUCUGAAGUGCUAUACUGGUAUCGCCAGGAGCUUUUCUGAUCCUUCUGGAUGUGCUGGGGAGCGUUGAUCCCAGUGAUCGGUCGCCUGUGCUUCAGAAAGGACUUCUCUGAACUCCUGCGGAGCACUGCUUGUCCUAGAGUCCUGGGUUUGUGUUUUGCAUCCUCUGCAUCUGAAUGCACAAGUGUUUAUAGGUAAACCUGCUGUGUUUGGGUUUUUUUUUUUUUCUUAAAAUGUAAAAACCUUUACACUUGACUGUGUCUCUAGACACACAUUUACUGAGUAGCUGGAGCAGACCACGGUGCUACCGCUCCAAGCUAGAGCAGAAGGGCGAGCACUCUUGGGGUGUUUCAGUGCCAAGUCCAGCAGCUUAUCUUAAACUCUGAUGGUAAGUGACAUAAAUGAGUAAUUGGACGUGGAACGUACUCAUGCUUUCUCAUCCCUUUCUGCCAGCAAGGCUGGGCAAAAGGAGAGAGGCUGACAUUUUAUAGGCUGCUACAGCUGUUGGAAAAGCGAAUGACUAUCUAAACUCGGAGGCAGUAGAACUUAAACUCUCAGUACAGCUGCGGAAGAGACUGAUUUUGGAGGAACCAGUUCAGCUGUCCACGGCCUUAGGUCAAGUAGACAACCAAUAACUUCAAGCAACUCUUGGAAUCUGUAGUAAGAUACAGCUUUUAUGGCUGUUCUUGUCACCUUACCUUCGUAGGGCCAAGAGCUCUUGUCCUCGAGACGUGCGUGGAGCUUCCCACUGUUGCUCGCUGUGGGGUUCAGCAGUGCCUACGGGGACUGUAGCCUCCCCUGUGGAGACCAGAUUGGUGUUAACAGUGGUGGGAUGUAAACUGGUGGUUCAGCUGCUGCUUUGUGAGCAGCUGAGCCGUCUCUCUGGCAGUUCGUUAUAGGCAUUCGAGGACACGAGCUGCCGCGGCUGGCCCAAGGGAAGCCAGCUGUGUCUGGAAUCUGGCGGCUGGACAUAAAUGACGUGGGGUGGGGAAAAAAACACCAAAAAAGCCAAAACCAAGCAAAAAAUACAACCAACCCUAAAACGACUUCAAAAGCCAGAUAUACAAAGAUGACUGUUCUGCUGGCGUUCUGGCAAUUUCUUCAGUAUAGUUUUCAUGGUAUAGGUGGAAAA